UCUCACCACCACCAUCUCACGGUAGUAGACGUCUAGACGAGCAGGCGAUGGACCUGGCCGGCGAAAUCCAGAGGGUGGUGAGCAUGCGGCGGGACAGCGGUGGCUCCGUGUGGCGGAGCAGGAACGACGCGUUCUCGCGCUCGUCGAGGGAGGCGGAUCGCGUCGACGACGAGGAGGCGCUGCGCUGGGCGGCGCUGGAGAAGCUGCCCACGCGCGACCGCGUGCGGCGCGCCAUCCUCGUCCCCCCUGGAGACGACGAGGGGCAGGGGGUCAUGGACGUGGACGUGCUCAGCCUCGGCCCCGGCGAGCGGCGCGCGCUGCUGGAGCGCCUCGUGCGCGUCGCCGACGAGGACCACGAGCGCUUCCUCGUCAAGCUCAGAGAGCGCCUCGAGAGGGUUGGGAUCGACAUGCCGACGAUCGAGGUGCGGUUCGAGCACCUGGACGUGGAGGCGGAGGUGCGCGUCGGCAGCAGCGGCCUCCCCACCGUCGUCAACUCCAUCACCAACACGAUCGAGGAGGCGGCCACCGCGCUGCGUCUGCUGCGCAGCAGGAAGCGGAAGAUGCCCGUCCUCCACGACGUCAGCGGCAUCAUCAAGCCCCGCAGGAUGACUUUGCUGUUAGGCCCGCCCGGGUCAGGCAAGACCACCUUGCUGCUCGCGUUGGCCGGAAGGCUCGACAAGGACCUCAGGGUUUCAGGCAGGGUGACCUACAACGGCCACGGCAUGGAGGAGUUUGUGCCCGAGCGGACGGCCGCCUACAUCAGCCAGCAUGACCUCCACAUCGCGGAGAUGACAGUGAGGGAGACGCUCGCCUUCUCCGCACGCUGCCAGGGUGUGGGCUCCCGCUUUGAUAUGCUUAUGGAGCUGUCGAGGCGAGAGAAGGCCGCGAAUAUCAAGCCUGAUGCUGACAUCGAUGCUUUCAUGAAGGCGUCUGCAGUGGGAGGACAUGAGGCCAAUGUGGUCACUGACUAUAUUCUCAAGAUACUGGGGCUAGAGUUAUGUGCAGACACAAUGGUAGGGGACGAGUUGCUCAGGGGCAUCUCCGGGGGACAACGAAAGCGUGUUACGACCGGUGAGAUGCUGGUCGGGCCAGCCAGGGCGCUUUUCAUGGACGAGAUCUCCACUGGCCUUGACAGCUCCACCACGUUUCAGAUCGUGAACUCUCUCAGGCAGUCCAUCCAUGUCCUCGGUGGCACAGCCGUCAUCUCCCUGCUGCAGCCAGCGCCUGAGACUUACAACUUGUUCGACGACAUCAUCCUUCUCUCUGAUGGCCAGGUCGUGUACCAAGGUCCCCGGGAGGACGUGGUUGGAUUCUUCGAGUCUAUGGGGUUCAGAUGCCAUGAGAGGAAGGGUGUAGCGGACUUCUUGCAAGAAGUGACUUCAAGGAAAGAUCAGAAACAGUACUGGGCAGAACCAGACAAGCCCUACAGGUUUGUUCCGGCCAAGGAAUUCGCGACUGCUUUCAAGUCCUUCCACACCGGUAUGGCUCUAGCAAAGGAGCUAUCCGUGACGUUCGACAAGAGCAAGAGCCAUCCGGCUGCACUGACCACCACGAGGUACGGCGUGAGUGCCAAGGCGUUGCUCAAGGCCAACAUAGACCGGGAGAUACUUCUCAUGAAGAGGAACUCUUUCAUUUACAUGUUCAGAACAUUCCAGUUGACACUAAUGUCACUCAUCGCAAUGACCGUCUUCUUUCGCACCAAGAUGAAGCGUGACUCUGUGACAAGUGGGGGCAUCUUCAUGGGGGCUAUGUUCUUUGGCAUCCUUAUGAUCAUGUACAACGGAUUCUCUGAACUUGCACUCACUGUCCUCAGGCUGCCUGUAUUCUUCAAGCAGAGGGACCUCCUCUUCUAUCCAGCAUGGUCGUACACUGUACCCUCAUGGAUCCUUAAGUUCCCCGUAACCUUGAUGGAGGUUUCCGGAUAUGUUUUCGUAACAUACUAUGUCAUCGGGUACGACCCAAAUGUAGGAAGGUUCUUCAAACAUUAUCUGAUAAUGCUGGCAAUUAACCAAGUGGCAGCAUCACUCUUUCGUUUAAUCGGCGGGGCAGCAAGGAACAUGAUCAUAGCAAAUGUCUUUGCAAUGCUCAUUAUGAUGACUUUCAUGGUCGUAAACGGUUUCAUUCUAGUAAGAGAUGACGUGAAGAAAUGGUGGAUCUGGGGCUACUGGAUAUCCCCGCUGAUGUAUGUGCAGAAUGCCAUCACAGUGAAUGAGUUUUUGGGGCAUAGCUGGGAUAAAAUUUUGAAUAGCACUGUCUCCAACGAGACUCUCGGUGUGCAAGUCCUUAAGUCCCAUGGGGUGUUCCCGGAAGCCAGGUGGUAUUGGAUAGGCUUUGGUGCAUUGCUCGGAUUCACCGCGUUGUUCAAUGUUCUCUUCACUCUUGCCCUUACAUGUCUUAGGCCAUAUGGAAACCCCAGGCCAUCAGUAUCUGAAGAGGUGCUGAAGCAGAAGCAAUCCAAUGUGAAAAAUGGGAUUCCUGAUGCCACCCCUUGGGCGUCUGUUCAACCAAUAGGGGAUAACACGGAAACUAAUUUAGAGAUGUCGGAAGAUGAUUGUGGCCCUACUCAGAAGGGGAUGGUUCUCCCAUUUCUCCCACUUUCUCUCAGCUUUGAUGACAUUCGAUACUCUGUUGAUAUGCCACAGGAAAUGAAAGCGCAAGGUGUAGCUGAUGACCGCUUGGCACUCCUCAAAGGUGUUAGUGGGUCUUUUAGGCCAGGGGUGUUGACCGCCCUGAUGGGUGUCAGUGGCGCAGGAAAGACUACGUUGAUGGAUGUUUUAGCAGGGAGAAAGACUGGUGGCUACAUUGAAGGAAAUAUAAGCAUUUCAGGAUACCUAAAGAAUCAAGAAACAUUUGCUCGUGUAACUGGAUAUUGUGAACAGAAUGAUAUCCACUCACCCCAACUGACUGUUCGUGAGUCAUUGCUUUUCUCUGCAUGGCUCCGCCUUCCUAAGGAUGUGGAUUCGAAUACAAGAAAGAUGUUCAUUGAGGAGGUGAUGGAGCUUGUAGAGCUUAAACCACUGAGAGAUGCUUUCAUUGGACUUCCUGGAAUAAAUGGUUUGUCAACCGAGCAGCGGAAGAGGUUGACAAUUGCUGUUGAGCUUGUUGCGAAUCCAUCCAUCAUCUUCAUGGAUGAGCCAACAUCAGGGCUUGAUGCACGGGCAGCGGCAAUUGUGAUGAGGACAGUUAGGAACACUGUUGAUACUGGAAGAACUGUGGUCUGCACCAUACAUCAGCCUAGUAUUGACAUAUUUGAAGCAUUUGAUGAGCUUUUUUUUAUGAAGCCAGGUGGAGAAGAGAUCUAUGUGGGUCCACUGGGUCAUAAUUCUUCUGAGCUGAUCAAGUACUUCCAAGGGAUUCAAGGUGUCAGCAAAAUUAAAGAUGGUUACAAUCCAGCAACAUGGAUGCUGGAAGUAACAACAGUCUCCCAAGAACAGAUAUUAGGCGUUGAUUUUAGUGACAUACACAGGAAAUCCGAACUCUACCAGAGGAACAAGGCCUUGAUAAAGGAACUGAGCCAGCCGGCACCAGGUUCGAGCGACCUGUAUUUCCCUACCAAGUACUCGCAGCCUUCCUUCACGCAGUGCAUGGCCUGCCUGUGGAAACAAAACCUGUCCUACUGGAGGAACCCUCCUUACAACGCCGUCAGGAUCAUCUUCUCUACAGUUACUGCGCUUCUUUUCGGCACCGUGUUCUGGGACCUUGGGGGCAAAGUGAAGCGGCAACAGGAUUUGAUUAACGCCUUGGGGUCAAUGUAUGCUGCGGUGCUGUUCCUUGGUGUCUCGAAUUCCAUCUCUGUUCAGCCGGUGGUGGCAGUUGAGAGGACAGUCUUCUACCGCGAGAGAGCCGCCGGCAUGUACUCAUUUUUCCCAUACGCAUUUGGACAGGUCGUCAUCGAGCUCCCGUAUGCGUUGGUUCAGGCCACCGUGUACGGGGUCAUAGUGUACGCGAUGAUCGGGUUCGAGUGGACGGCCGCCAAGUUCUUCUGGUACCUCUUCUUCAUGUACUUCACGCUGCUCUACUUCACCUUCUACGGCAUGAUGUGCGUCGGCCUCACGCCCAACUACAACAUCGCCUCCAUCGUCUCCACGGCGUUCUACAACAUCUGGAACCUCUUCUCAGGGUUCUUUAUCCCCCGCCCAAGAACGCCGAUCUGGUGGAGAUGGUACUGCUGGGUAUGCCCCAUCGCGUGGACGCUGUAUGGACUCGUCGUCUCGCAGUACGGCGACAUCACCACGCCUAUGGAGGAUGGCAGGCCUGUCAAGGUGUUCCUGGAGGACUACUUCGACUUCAAGCACAGCUGGUUGGGGUGGGCGGCCGCCGUCGUCGUGGCUUUCAGUGUGCUCUUCGCUGCAUUGUUCGCCUUCGCCAUCAUGAAGCUCAACUUCCAGAAAAGAUGACGCUAUAUAUAUAGAUAUACCAGUUCGGGAGAUUACGAUCGAGGGCGAAUGAAACGAGCGACUUCGAAAAAUUUCGGAUUUCAAAUUUCGAGUUACUAUUCACAGCACUAUUCAAAUUCGGCCAACACUAUUCAAAUUC